AUGGAGUCUGAAGAAGUCACUCAUCAUCAGACUGCUACCCGCACAGAGGAUGGGCUGAGGGCCGGAGAAAUCGCAGUGCCAACUUCCCCAAACGAGGGCGAGACGGCAGUUGAUCAAAACAUCCAUGGACCUCCGACUGAAAACCUCACCGAACUUGAGAGCAAAAGCCUUGAGGGCAGCGAUGACAAUCAGAACUCUUGGCAUGCCUUCUUUCGAGACAUGCAUCAAGACAACCACCCUUCCAGCGACGCAGAAAUCGAGAAACUCACGGCCAUGCUGGAUGGAGCGAGUAAGUCGAGGAUCAACGCCAAAGACGAAAAAGGCCAGACGGCACUUUACAUUGCCGUCGAACGAGAUCUGAAGAAGGCUACCAUCGACCUCCUCAAGGCUGGUGCGCAGACCACGGUGCCAGACAACAAAAAUGACCAUCCCCUUCACAUUGCUUGUUAUUUAGGCAAUCUACAGCUUGCAAAGAAGCUUCUAGCAAACAACGCAGAUAUCGAGGCCAAGGGAGAACACGGCGAGACACCACUGGGUCUGGCCUGUCGACGCGGACAUGCAGAUAUGGUUGAACUGCUUCUCAACCAUGAUGCCAGCACGCAAGUCUUCAAUUGCAGUGGGAGGACACCUCUCUUUGUAGCAGCCCUCCACGGCCAUGUUGGCGCAGUCAAACACAUUCUCGAAAAGGACCUGUCAUCCCUUGACAAAGUUGACUCUACCAACACCUGGACAGCCCUUCACGUGGCAAUCUGCCAAGGUCGUGAUGAGGUUGUCAGUAUGCUACUUAAAGCAGGAUCGAGGCUUGAUAUGCGUGCCAGGGAUGGAAGCACCCCUCUAAUGACAGCAAUCCAACACCAAAAUGAAGGCAUCGUAAAAAUGCUACUUGUCCGCCGGUCAGAGAAUGAAGACCUUCAGCUGGAAACGCCAUCUGAUAACAAAGCCACGCCACUUGGUACUGCGUGUGUGCGGGGUUUCGCGGGUUGCGCCCGUCUCCUGAUCGACGCCGGCGCAGACUGUACAGCCCAGAUACUCGACAGACCGGUACCGAUUUUCGCACUCGCCUGUGGCUACCGCCAUCGAGAAAUUGCUUUGGACAUGCUUACAAGAUCCAAAACACCCAUUGAUGGAAACUGCCAAGCUAAGAAUGGCCGGAAUGCGUUGAACAUGGCGGCUGCACGUGGUCAUACCAAAAUUGUGGAACUGCUGCUGGACCAUCGAGAAGCAAUUGGGUUAUCACAAGAUACAAUAUCACGGGCAUUAUUCGGAGCGAUCGACGCUGGCUGUGAGAGUGUGGUCAAGCUGAUGCUCGGCCCGAAAGGGAGAGUCUCGGUGAACUACAAAACAUUCCGGGACAGAACACCGUUGCAUAAUGCUUGUAACCCACUUGGAUGCAUCACGUCGGACUCAAACAUAUGGGGCCCUGAUGACCUGAGCGAGGAGGAGAGAAGCAAUCCUGAGUUCCAGCCUAGGAGACAUGAGGCUAUAUUGAGUCUCUUACUGGAACGAGGGGCUGAUGUGGAGGCAAUAUCAGAGCAUCAGGGGACGGUAUUGCAUUCCGCAACGGCAUCGGGUAACGUUGCCACCAUUCACCUUAUUCUGGAACGUAUGCGUCAUGUCGACGCAGUACUUCAGAAUUAUAAUGGCCAGACUGUACUGUUUAUCGCUUUCGAGCCGGGGCUCGAGAACGCCAUGAGGGCACUCUUAAGCUCUGCCAAGUUGGAGACAGCCGAUUUUGGCUCAGAUCAGCGGCAGCGCGAUGCUCUGAGCUGGGCAGCGGUGAGCCCAGUUAGGCACGACAUUGCAAAGCUGAUAAUGGUCAAGAUGCACAAGAGUAUGGAGAAGCCCAGACCGGUCGAGUCAGAUGUCUGGAGUGCCAUCGAAUGGGCGACCUUCAUGAAGCUCCCCCAGGUUCUGUGGAUACUUAUUGCCAGUUCCCCCCGGUCCAAAGAGACAACAGUGAUGCUCGAACGAGCCAUGAUACUGGCCGCGAGAACACAAAGCCAUUCAGACUUGUCAACUCAACAGGACGCGAGGCCCGACUAUGAAACAGCUUCAGUUGACGAGGAAGAGAGGAACGAUAGAGUGAACGACGCCAGGGAUACCAAUGCAGGGGAAGAUGAUGGCCAGCAAGCUCUUAUGGAUAUGUUGCAGGACCCACCAACUGGACUAUUAUACACUGGUACAGCCGACGAACCAAAGCUUAAGGAGGGGUUAAAGGAGAUUCUCGCAAUAUGCUCGAAAGCCUUGUCAGUAAAAGCCAGACUUCGCUGGUGA